ACUGGGUUAUUCUUGGCAACGGAAAAACACACCGUGCGAAGAUUAUCAGUUGUGACGUCAGUCCCCCGCUAUAUAAGUGACAACAUUCCAUAACACCUGAAAGACUUUGACGUACGUGCACAAGUUCUUGUAAAAAGGAACGAGAGAAAAACUAUCGUGGGCACUCAGUAAACGCAGUGCGUCAAGAUGGGUAACUCGUGUAGUGGUUUGCCUCCUGAUUGUGAAAUAAUCGUAAAGACGGGUGAUGUGAAAGGAGCAGGAACGGACGCUAAUGUUUUCAGCGCUCUGUACAACGAAGAUGGCACUCGGUCGCAUGACUUGAACCUCGACUGUAAAUGGAAGAACGAUUUUGAGAAAGGUUCCGUGGACCGAUUUAAAGUUCACUGCGGCCUACCACCAGGUCGUUUGCACAAAAUUGAAAUGUGGAGGGAUGACAGUGGUAUUGGUGAUGACUGGUUUGUUGAGUGGAUUAAAGUGAAGAAGCUUCAUACUGGUUCAGACGAGGUGAUCUUUCCCUGUAACCGAUGGGUGAAAGCAGAACGAAGGCUGGUUUUGACAGAAUAUGAUUGUGUACUACCACAGUUUGACGAAUGCAAAGAACAGCGAAAGAAGGAACUAGAAGAUAAGAGAGAAGUUUAUCGAUUAUCGCGUAAAGCCCCGGGCUUACCUAAACAGGUCGAAAGUUGUCCACGGGACGAGAGUUUCAGCAAUGACUACAAGUGGAAUAUCCAGCAGACCAAGUACAAGUUGGCUGUGAAGUGUAAGCUUGCAAAACUAACUUCUGAUCCCUGGGAAACAUUAGAUGACAUGAGCAAUCUCUACAAGGGCAGCCUUAACUUGCCUUAUGGUUAUUUUAACUGGAAAGAAGACUCAAACUUUGGUCGUCAGAGGCUUCAGGGGUGCAACCCAACCCUCAUCAGACUUUGCACAGAAAUCCCUGAAAAUUUCAAGGUCACAGCUGAGAUGGUGGAACCAUUUUUGGAAGGGACUACACUAGAAGAGGCAAUAAAGAAUAAAAAGAUCUACAUCGUGAACCUGAAAAAACUCACAGAGAUCAUGUGUAGAUUUAACAGAGUGAUCUGCAAACCAAUGGCUUUAUUCUUUGUCAAUGGCAGAAAUGAGCUGAUGCCCAUUGCAAUCCAGUUGUUCCAGAAGCCAGCUGACCACAAUCCAGUUUUCUUGCCAAGUGAUCCCAAGUAUACCUGGAUGCUUGCCAAGAUGUACUACAACAAUUCUGAUGCAGCUUUUCAUCAGUCCUGCACUCAUCUUGGUUUCACCCAUUUGGUAGCUGAAACAAUAUGUGUGGGAACUCAUCGUCAGUUGUCACCAUCGCAUCCUGUUUUCAGGCUGCUUGCUCCUCAUUUUCUUUAUCUCCUGGCCAUCAAUUCUCUUGCUCUGGCCAAACUUGUGGCUCCAAAUGGAUGGAUUGACAACACCAUGACAACUGGAUCAGGUGGAUUGAUGGAACUUGUCAGUCAGUGUUGGCAAAACUGGAGAAUGGAUGUUGAUGGAUGGCUUCCCUCUGAUCUUAAAGCCAGAGGGGUGGAUGACAAGGAAGCCUUUCCCAACUACCCUUACAGAGAUGAUGCAUUGCUCAUUCAUGAAGCCAUUUAUACUUAUGUCAGGGAAGUCUUGGAAGCUUUUUAUGACUCAGCAGAGAAACUGACGCACGAUCAUGAAAUCCAGAACUGGGGACAAAUGUUGGCCGACCCUGAAGAGGGUUUAGGAAUUAAGGGAGUGUUUGGAGAUGGAAAAUUUACAGAUUUGGAAGACUUGAUCAAAGCAGUGACCGCAAUAAUCUUCAUCAGUAGCGUGGGGCAUUCUGCGGCCAAUUUCGCUCAGUAUGAUGAGUAUGCUUUUCCACCAAACUACCCUGCAUUCUUACGUGGAAAACCCCCAACAACCAAGGAACCUUUGACAGAGAAGGAUAUCAUCGACUCCCUUCCAGUCAAAGACAUGACACUGGACAUCAUUAUUGUAACCAAAAUCCUCAGUGAUCGCGGCACGAACGCUCUUGGUGACUUUGAAGUGCAGUACAUGUACGACCCAAGGGGAACCAAGCCUGUUGAAAAGUUGAGGAAGCGUUUGUUGGAAGUGAGUGACAUUAUUGCGGAGAGAAAUAAGAGCCGACCUUUCCCUUAUCCAUAUCUGGAUCCCAAGGAGGUUCCUAAUGCCAUCAGUAUUUAGCGACUUGGUAUCCGCAGAAUCCCCUGAAAAUUGCAAACGACUAUAGUCAGGAAAUACUUCUCUACCUGCCGCCUUUCGAUCCCUCAUGUUGGACUGAUGAAGAAUGGAUAAAAAGCAAACAAAAAGAUUUCUUAGCAAAGCAUAGUCCAGACGUUUUCUUUCCAAAUUUGGAAAUGCCCAUCGUAUAAAUAAGGAGCAAUUUUCGGGAAGUUUUCGUAAAGAUUUUUUUCAUGCUCAGAACCCAUCAUAAAUGAUAAAUCUUUCAGUUGAUCUCUCAAACUGAAUCUAAAAUGGACGCUUAAGCAUGAGUUAACCCAAUCGUGUGUUGAAACAUCAAUCUCAUCGAGGUUUUACCACAUAAACAAGUUCUCAGAUCAUGAAGAUUUAAUCGAUGUCAGUGGUACUUCAUUCCAGACUUCAGACUUAUAGGAUAUUUGAUGGUAUUUGAAUUAAAAGGGAUUGCUAUCAUGAAACUGAUUAUUUAACACAACCCAAUUUUUUCAUUCCUUAGUGCUUUAGUGGUUUAAUUUUCCAUUAUAAGUGCUGAUUUGUAAAUUAUGAAAAUAGAAAAAUCAUGUACUCUUAUCUGGUAACUACGUUUCGUUUAAACAGAUUUAUUUUUGCAAUUAGAGAGAGAAUCUCUUUGUUCAAUGAAAAAUUAGAUUUAGCUUAAAACCUUCGCCUGUUAUCUCAUUUAUUAUUUUACUAAAGCGUGUGCACGCAAGUAUGUCGUGUAUGACUAUUGUAAAGCGAGCGGCUACCCUUAACGCUAUGUAAUGAAGAGAGAAACAGAUCAUCACGAAAGUUAUCACACUAGGCCAUGUUAGAUAAAUACUGUAAGAACAAAUAAAGUAGUCUUGUAAGCGAGAA